AUGAAAGUCAAGAAGAAGGACCUCCGCAAGGGGGAAGCGCAGCUGCCCAUCAACUACCCUCAACCGGAGGUGGCGGACGGGGUCGCCAUUGACCACACCACCGACUUCGACGCGGAGAAGACGCGGGUGGAGGCGCUUUGCAAGCGGCUGGCCCACAACGAGGUUGCCGUGCGAGACGCGGUGUUGGCCGAGCUGCCACGCUACAUUCAAGGCGUGACGCGGCGCCUCGUGGGAAUAGAGGCGGACGUGGACGUGGCUGCGUUGCGUCGCUUUAUCACCAUGCGGGGCGGGGACCACACGCACGGCGAUGACGCGGACGGAGAGACGCGAACGGUCGUCAAUGUGCUCCGCGAGCUUGAGACGUACCGUGACCACGUGGGGAACGUACGACGCGAGCAGCGACGUCAGGCAGAUCUUCAGUGUGUGCAGCAGCAGCGGCAGCCGACGGCGGGUGACGGGGAUGUGGAGGGUAAUAAAAGCCACGGUAAUGAUAAUCAACGCAGCGGCGCGGAAGAGGUGGGUGAGGCACGUUUGAGUGUUGCCGCAGCGGCAGAGCCCGUCUCCAGGGACGCGGGGCGCAAGAGUUUGCGGCAGAUCUACGGGGAGUGGAUCUCAGUAUGGUGCGAAGUGGAGCUGCUGCUGCUGAAGCUCUCCCGAGGCGUCUUCUUUUGUCUCUGGCACUCCGACAAGCCGUUGGUGCAGCUGGAGUGUGCCCAGCGCAUCGCCCGCCUCAUUCACGCCCCACACACUAACAGCGGGAAGAUUCUGCUCUUCAGCUGCCUCAUGCGGGUGCUCGUGCGGGAGUGGCGCUCCAUGGACCGCUACCGCGCCGACAAGUUCCUUGCGCUGGUGCGCAAAAUGAUAUACGAGCUGGCCUGCCUGCUAAAGUCACUGGAGGCGGAGACCCGCUCGCAGCAGCGUGGCGUUGGAGGUGGCGAGGAGAGAGAGACACGCACCCCCAGCGGCAAGGCAGACCGCGCUGCACCGGUACGAAAGCGCGCAUCCAUGACUGGUGGAAUGAAGCGGCGACGCGGCGAGGGCUACGACACGGAUGUCUUGACGCACGACCCGCUCUGCCGCGCCCUCCACGAGGCGUGCUACGUGUUUCAGGGGCAGAUUGUGCCGGAGCCCACCGCCGUGGGCCUCACCAUGCACGUCUGCGACGUCCUCUUUGACGAGCUGUGCCGAGCGGCGCUCUCCCCCGUGCUCUUCCUCGCCCUCAGCGACCGCAUCGCGCUCUACGCGAUGAGUCAGGGCAACUACGUGGAGAAGCGGGUGCUGGACUACUUCAUCGCCCCCAUUGCCGGAGGCCUGCUGGCCAGCCGCAGGCAGGAGCAUCAGCAAGAGCGCCGUGGUCUAACUGCGUCCACCGGAGCCGCAGCGAAGCGGAGGCGACCCCACGAUGAGGAAGAGGUGGCAGACAACGACAAGGACAGCAGAGAUGCGGGCGCUGGGGAUAAUACUGCGGCCCAUGCUAAGGCUGAGGCUGAGACGCGUGGCAUGCUUCUGCAGCUGGCGGACUGCUGCAGGGCAUACUCCGUGGCGUGGCGCACGGUGCGUCCGGUGCGUGUGAUGUUCACCGAGAGUGAAAUGGUGCUGCGGCAGGCUGCAGACCCCGACGCGUACAAGCCGCUGACCGGCGGCGAGCUGCGCCGCCGCAUUGAGCAGGAGGUCGCGGAUGUGGAAGAGACGCAGCACGCCGUCGUGGAAGAGCGCCGACGGUUGCGCUUGCUGCGGCAGCAGGAGAAAAAACAGAUGCCGCAGCGUCUCAGGAAGAGGCAUGUGGCCGCUGCCGAUGACGGCGACGAGGACGAUGGGGACGCAGAGGCGGAUGCGACGCGGCAGCAGCUUAACAACAAGAUGAAGACAAAGAAGAAGCUGCAUUCACGCAACACGAAGAGGAAGAAACAUUACACUCUGACAAGGGAGGACCUCUACGGCGAGGAAUAG